AUGACGAGCGGGUUAAUGCGCCAUUUCUCGCGUACCAAAUCGCACCGCGAUUCCAUGUUUAGAAAUCUGGUUUCACAAUUGCUUCAGCAUGGAUCGAUUGUCUCUACACAUGAGAAAUGUCAGGAGGCCAGUCGAUUGGCAGAAAGAAUCAUCACAAUGGCUAAGAACCUGAAAAAACACCCAAACUCUGCCAAAGAGAUUCAAUCUCGCCUGUCUUUAGCUGGUGACAAUAGUAAACUACUGGGCCGCGUUAUUAGCGAAAUUGCUCCACGUUACCACAACAGACCUGGCGGUUAUACUCGGGUGCUGAAACUCGAGCCACGUCUAGGAGACCGUGCUAAGCAAAGUGUCCUAGAACUUGUAGAUACUCCUAUUUUAAGCAAGGCUGGUUCAUUCCAAAGGGGAGACCUCAAGCUGUGGCUACUGUGCAAAACUGCAAUCGCCAACGAAACCUCUGGGUCUUCAUACUCUGUGCUAACGUUACAAAACUUUGCUAAAAUGCUGAAAUUCAGACCCAAUCACAGCGAGUUUUUUUUCCGGGACGUGUUGGCAAUCAGACGCUUUAUAAAACAAGAGAUGGGUUUAUCUUGGGACAAAGCACAGGAAAAAAAACUGGUCAGCCAACUGCAGGAUCAAGUGCUCGCCAUGCCAGCACAACCUUCGAAGGAAGCUCAAAAUAUGGGCUACACGAUAGUGCAGGAGAGGCCAACGCGCUAG